AUGUCGGCAGCACACUUGACGCAGAAUCAGCUUUGGAAUAACGGUCCAGAUUGGCUUGUGCAACCUUCGUCCCAUUGGCCCAGCUCAUAUCCAGAACCAAGCGAUGAGGCGGACCUAGAAACACGCCAGAAUGGUACGCAUCAUGCAUACUGCAUACGGUUUGUGCGCAACACCAAGCAGAAGGCGCGAUCACAGCGACCGAUACCGCACACCAAUGCAUCCAAGACGAUCACGCCCAAGAACGUGGAUGCUGCAAAAACUGUGCUUUGCAGACUAGCCCAGCAAGAUGCAUUUUCCGCGGAAAUCAAGCAGCUAAAAAAGGGAGAAGCAUUGAUGAAACAAUCACCUUUACGAAAACUUACCCCAUUCCUGGAUACAGAAGAAGUAAUACGGGUGGGAGGACGAUUGAACUUGUCGCAACUACCGUAUCAGUCCAAGCAUCCAGCUGUUCUACCGAAGAACCACAAAUUCACUCGUCUACUUGCGGAAGAUUAUCAUGAAGAGAUGAAACAUGCUAGUGGAAGGCUAUUGCUAUCCCGCAUUAGAGAGCUGUAUUGGCCACUGGACGGACGUCGCUUGGUAAAAAGCAUUGCAAGGAACUGCUUCCGCUGUAUUCGGCACGAUCCCGCACUCGCCCGGCAGCCGGUUGGCCAGCUUCCACCUUCCCGCAUCACCCCGAGCCGACCUUUUUCUGUAACCGGAGUGGACUACGCCGGUCCAUUCUACUUGAAGCCAGCGCACCGGAAGGCAGCAGCUACUAAGAGCUAUUUGUGCGUUUUCGUGUGUUUCGCUACGAAAGCUGUGCACUUGGAACUCGUAGGAGACCUCACAACGGCGGGAUUCUUAGCAGCGCUACGCCGAUUCACAUCACGACGCGGAUUGCCAGCCCACAUCCAUUCUGAUAAUGGGAAAAACUUCGAAGGCGCAGAACGUGAACUGAAGGAGCUUUUUGAGCUGUUCAACGACGAACAUCACCGCAACACCGUGGCUACCAGAUGCGCUGACCGGGGAAUCACUUGGCAUUUCAACCCACCAAAGGCUCCACACUUCGGCGGAUUAUGGGAAGCAGCAGUAAAAACGGCGAAGCGACACCUCUAUCGUCACCUGGGCAAUACGCGGCUGUCGUACGAAGGCUACUGCACUGUGCUCCAACAAAUCGAAGCAGCGAUGAAUUCCCGUCCGCUGUUGCCUUUGUCCGACGAUCCCAACGAGCUAGCUGCACUCACACCGGCACACUUCCUUAUUGGCACAUCAUAA